AUGCAAGUUUAUGCUUGCUGUGAGGAUAUUGUCACAGAGAGCUUUGCAUACCUUGGUAGUGUAGUCGAUGUCUCUGAGCCAUCAGACCAAGAAUUCAGUAGAUGGAUUGGCACUGGUGGCAGGAAACAUGAACUUGAUCAACAACAACAGUUGGAAAUGGUACAGUUGGAGGACAUGUAUCCAACCGACGGCUACACCUUCCACGAAACGCUGCGCUCUACAAGAACACGGUCCCAGGAUGCACAUGGGAUCAGGCUGAGUGUAGAAUCGGGUCAGGCGCUGGAAGAUAAAUCCAAACUCCCUCUUCAUACUGAUGAAUGCGGGUCCCAGGACGCACCAGGGAUCAGGCCGAAUAAAGAGAUAAGUCAGGACCUGGCAAAUAAAGCCAAUCUCCCUCACACUGAUGGAAUCAUUGGCAGCCAUCUCUUCCGUGCUGGUGUGUCAGUGGACUCUGAAGAUGGCCAGCAGACUUUUGCUGAAGUUCCUGUGCAACCUUUUACUGCCGAUGAAGAACUUGCUGCCACCGACACUAAUAUUGAUACGAAAGUGGGAAUCGUCUCUCCUCCAGUGGAAAGCAAGUUAUGGCAGGCUCAGCUAAAGAUGUUGGAGACACAGGCCAGGAUAGAACAUGCUCAGUUGAAAAGUCUAGAAAGACAGGCCAGAAUAGAGGAGGCUCAGUUGCAGAUCUUAAAAAGACAAUCCAAAAUAGAAGAGGCCCAAUUAAGAUGCUUGGAGAGGCAGGCCGAGUUAAAUGAAGCCAAAUUAAAGGUUCACGAUAAAAAAGCAAAAAUAGAGGAAACCCAUUUGUGGAACUUGGAGAGACAGGCCAAUAUUGACGAGUCUCAAUUAAAUAUAUUACAGAGUCAGACUAAAAUAGAGGAAGCCAAAUCAAGGAUCCUGGAGGGGCAGGUUGAUACGGAUGCCCUUUUGCAGAAGAUCAGCCAACAUGUUUAAGUAAUCGCAAGCUACUGUGAAGUUCAAUCUUCCAAUAAACCAGUCUGAGAACA